AUGGAUCUAAAACAAACUCAUGUUUUGGAAGAUCCACUAGGAAUCAAACAUUGUUAUUCAUUCCAGCUAGAUUUCCAGUGCACCAAUAACAAGGCAGAAUACGAGGCUUUAAUUAUAAGACUAGAAAUGCUGGUGGAACUAGGAAUCCAAUCUGUCGAAAUUCUAGGAGAUUCCAUGCUUGUGCUAAAACCGAUUGAUGGAGAAUACAGGUAUUUGAGUCCCUCUCUAGCUGUCUAUUUGGUAGUAGCCAGAAAUCUCUUGGCAAGAUUUAGGGAAGCCACUUCGGAACAUAUUUCAAGAGAAGAAAACUUUGCAGCUAAUGAGAUGGCCCAGAUAGCAACAGGAGUAUAG